GCUGGGAGAGCCUCUCUGCUCUCUGAGAACAGGAGGGGAGAUGCUCGAUCCACAGAAGGUCCGCCAUUAUUGGGAAGCUGAAAAAAACCUAGACUUGAACACAACGUCACACAUUUAUCCUGCGAGGGGCUUCAACAACGUGAGAAAGGAGAGCACAGCGGUGCUCCAAAGCUGUCGGGACGGAAAAACAACGCCUUACUAAACCGGAAUAUAUAUAUAAAUAUAUAUUUUAUUUCCUGACGCAACAAAGGAAACAAUAACUGGUCAAAACAACGUGGUGGUGAAGCAAGAAGGGAAAACACACCGAAGCAGGGCUUUCCUUCCAACGCCUCCCCCUUUUCUCCAGCCGCUGAGAGGAAAGGACGAGAGUUUCAGCAGCGUUUUCCCCUUUCCUCUCCUUUCUCCUUCUCUAUCGGACACUGUUUAACUAUAUUUUUUCAGGCUAAUAGAGGCGAGUAACUAACGCGCUUCUCGUGUCUGAAAACUUCACAGACUGGCGGAGAAAAAGAUCUAAAAACGAGGACUUAACGCGGGGAGCAAUGGCCAUACAGCGUGUUUACUAGAAGAGCGGAAAAUAAUCGAUGUGGGGAGUGUUUUCUUUUAUAAAAGUCUCCCUGGUUGCUGGCUCGCAGUUAGAAGGAGAAAGAAGCGGACGAUACCCGAAGAGACAGGAAUGAUAUGGACUAGACCCCAUCUCAGUAAGAGCCUCUUGCAUGGAAAGCCUGCGUCCCUGGCAGCCUCAUCCUCCUCCUCCUCCCUAGAACUAGCAGCCAAUAUGGAAAGAUGAGCCUUUGUCACCGAUAAUGAUGGCCAAAAAACAAGAUGCUCGGGCACCCAUCUAUAACCUGGUUGUUAUUGGGCUGUCUGGGACAGAGAAGGAGAAAGGCCAAUGUGGUGUGGGCAAAUCCUGUCUGUGCAACCGCUUUGUUCGCCCAAGCGCUGAUGACUUCUACCUGGAUCACACCUCUGUUUUAAGUACCAGUGACUUUGGAGGUCGUGUUGUUAACAAUGACCACUUCCUUUACUGGGGAGAGGCCGCAAGGACGAUGGAAGAGGGGCCAGAAUGCCGCAUGAAUGUGGUGGAGCAGACAGAGUUCAUUGACGAUCAGACGUUCCAGCCACACCGUAGCACGGCACUUCAGCCUUACAUCAAGAGAGCAGCCUCCUCCAAGCUAGCUUCAGCUGAAAAGCUUAUGUAUUUUUGCACAGAUCAGCUGGGGUUAGAGCAGGACUUUGAGCAGAAACAGAUGCCUGAAGGGAAGCUCAUGGUGGAUGGCUUCUUACUCUGUAUCGAUGUUAGCAGGGGUAUGAACCGUAGCUUCGAAGACCAGAUGAAGUUUAUUACCAACCUGUAUAACCAGCUAGCUAAAACGAAGAAACCCAUUGUGCUAGUUCUCACCAAAUGUGAUGAAGGAGUUGAGCGCUAUAUUAAAGACUCUCAUGCAUUUGCGCUUGCUAAGAAGAACCUACAGGUGGUAGAAACAUCUGCACGUUCUAAUGUCAAUGUUGACCUGGCCUUUCUUACACUGGUUCAGCUCAUAGACAAAAGCAGAGGGAAGCCCAAGAUUAUCCCUUACUUUGAGGCACUGAAGCAGCAGAGUCAGCAGAUUGCUUCAGCCAAAGAUCGCUAUGAGUGGCUGGUCACCAGAGUGGCAUUGCACCAUAAUGACAUCUGGCCUGUUAUCAGACGCAACAUGGAACCUGCCCCUGAGUACAAGGAGUAUGUUUUUCUCGAGGGAACAGCUAAAGCAAAGAAGCUCUUCCAGCAACAUGUGCACAGACUUAAACUAGAACAUAUAGAGAAACUCAGGAAGGCCUACUUAAACAUGCUACCACAUGCCCUAUCUGCACUUUUACCAAAUUUGGAUGAAAUAGACCACUUAAGCUGGUCUGGCGUGCAGAAGGUCCUAGAGACAAAGAGGGAAUUUUCCCAUUGGUUUGUGGUGUUAGAUGAUACCCCUUGGGAAACCACAUCCCACAUCGAUGACAUGGAGAACACUCGAAUCCCUCAGGAUCUCCUAGAGACCCCAGCAGCUCAAACUAUUUAUGAAGUCCAUCUGGAACAUCUACGAACUGAACGCAAACGUGCUGAGAUGAGGAGGGCUUUCAAGGAAACGCUAAGUGUUUCUCCUUUCAUCACACCAGGGAAACCGUGGGAGGAGGCUCGCAGUUUCAUCAUGAAUGAAGAUUUCUACCACUGGCUAGAUGAACAGGAGUAUUUGGAUAUCUACAACAAGCACCAGAAGGAGAUCAUAGACCGAGCUAAAGAGGACUUUCAAGAACUGCUUCUUGAGUACUCUGAGCUUUUUUAUGAGCUAGAGGUGGAUGCAAAACCGAGUAAAGAAAAAAUGGCAGCCAUUCAGGAGGUGUUGGGUGAGGAACAGAGAUUUAAGGCCCUACAAAAGCUGCAGGCAGAAAGAGAUGCUCUUAUACUGAAACAUAUUCAUUUUGUAUACCACCCGACAAAGGAUACCUGUCCCAACAGUCCUCACUGUGUUGACAGUAAGAUUGAACAGAUCCUGGCCUCAAGAUUCCCCACUCGAUACCCCUCAUCAGACAGUGCAAGGCUCGAUGGGGGGAGGGCCGAACGCAUUAAUCUCAUCAUCCUUGGAAAAAAUGGGCUGGCCAGAGACAUGGCAAAUGAGAUAAGAGAAUUGUGUUCCAGUGAUGACCGGUAUAUCUUAGAUGGCAAGAUGUAUGAGUUAGCUCUUCGUCCUAUUGAAGGCAACGUACGACUGCCAGUCAAUUCCUUUCACACACCAACCUUUACACCCCAUGGCUGUUUAUGUUUGUACAACUCAAGGGAUUCCCUCUCUUAUGUUGUCGAGAGUUUAGAGAAGCUUAGAGAGUCAACUAUAAGUAGGAGAGAGAGGGAAAACAGCUUAGCUCAACUCCCGCUGUCCCUUCUUCUUGUCACUAAGCGGGGUGUGGGGUCCAUUGGUGAUAUUGGAGGGGAUACAGCACAAACACUUCUACAACAAGGGCAGCAAGUGGCUGUAAAGCUGCAGUGUGCCUAUCUGGACCCUGCUUCUCCGGGCAUGGGUUAUGGUCGAAAUAUCAGUGAGAAGCAUAUUAACCAGUUGCUGAGGGGUCUUUUGGAAACACGGAGAAACAUUGGAAGCAGCUCCCCCAUAUUGCCUCCUCCAUCCCCUGCUUUCAGAGACUCUCAGUCCCAGUCCAUGCUCGAAGCAGACCUCAGAAUAGUUGUGUGCCUGAUGUGUGGAGACACCUAUGAUCUAGAUCAACUCCUUGCCCCCUUUCUUUUGCCCCAACACUGUCGUCCUUCAUCCAGCCUAAGCAGUGGCACAUCAGUUAUUCUGGAUCUAAAUCUAGGAGGUCAGAGACACAACACAGAGCUUUCCCUGCUCUCAUUUCAUUCAUCAUUCUCUCUCCGCAAAACUGGCCUGGUCCAUGGCUACAUUGCAGUGUACUCUGCUCGCCGCAAGGCUUCUAUGGAGACAAUGUGUGCUUUUCUCUGUGAGGUCCAAGACAUCAUUCCUGUCCAGUUGCUAGCAGUGGCAGAGAGUCAGAUGGAGCUGUCAGACUCAGACUCAGCCAAGGAGCAGGUCAGUCAGGGAGAGGAGCUGGCCAGUGAAAUAAAUGCCAGAUUUAACACAGUCAUUUGUGGACAUGGGGGGGUAGUAGGGGGACUACAUAAAAUAGACCUUUUCCAACCUUUCUUCAAAGAAGUCCUGGAAAGGCGCAAUAUUGUUGAGGCCACACACAUGUAUGACAAUGUGGCUGAUGCACGUACCAAUGAGAGCAUCAGCCCUCGCUGUGGCUCUCCAAGUCCAGUCACCAUUCUUAUGGACUCAGAGGAUGACAUUGAUCCAACACCUCCUUACUCUACGCUGAGAGAAAGUCUUGGUUCCCACCUGGGAACUUUCAAGAUGCCAGAUCUGGAUUCGAAUGAGACAUUCUCUGUUAUCUCUGAACUCAGCGCCUUUGAGAACAAGCUGAACAACAAGGUUCCUCCACAAGUGAAGCCCAAGCCCAUUCGGAAGGUCAAUCUUGGACCCUACAUGGACCAACAAGGAAGCACCAACCGGCCCUCUUUGCCCCAAACUGUCACUUGGGCUCCGGGUAGCGAUGGUGGCUAUGACCCUUCAGACUAUGCAGAGCCUAUGGAUGCUGUGAGCAAACCUCGGACAAUGGAAGAGGAGAGUAUUUACUCUGUUCCCCAUGACAGCACUCAGGGAAAGAUUAUUACCAUCCGCAACGCCAACAAAGGUCACUCCAAUGGAAGUGCUGCAGGAAAUGGUUCGGACAGUGAGGCUGAUAGCAGCUCACUGGAGCGAAGGAGAAAGAUGUCCACUCUAGGUGUGAAGCCUCAGCUGUACAGAGACAGAUCUAAACGGCUUGGGAAGUUCAGCAAUUUCAGGACAAGCUUCCCUCUUGGCAGCGAUGAUGAAAUGGGGGGUACACCCAGGACUGGCCCGAAUGGGGGAGGACCCCAGAAGGACAGCUCCCUCGAGGAGGGUGAUGAUCAUAAAAAAAUGAAUAUUCUCUGGAGCCUGCGCAGAAACACCAAGAAACCGCGACAGAAACCCAGACUUUCCACCUCCAAACCCAUUGAGAGCACCUACUUUGGAAUGCCACUGGCCUCUGUGGUCACCCCCGAGAGGCCCAUCCCAGUCUUCACUGAAAAGUGCAUCCGUUUCAUCGAGACCACAGGGCUGAGCACAGAGGGAAUCUACAGGGUCAGUGGGAACAAGGCAGAGAUUGAGAGUGUGCAGCGACUAUUCGAACAAGAUCACAGCCUGGACCUGGUGGAGAAAGACUUUACCAUCAACACAGUAGCAGGAGCCAUGAAGGCAUUUUUCUCCGAGCUACCGGAGCCUCUGGUGCCCUACAGCAUGCAGACAGACCUGGUGGAGGCCUUCAAGAUCAACGAUAGGGACCACCGCUUCCAGGCGAUGAAGGAUGUCCUGCGACGUUUUCCCAGGGAGAAUUACGAGCUCUUCAAAUAUGUCAUCAGCCAUUUGAACAAAGUGAGCCAGAGCAGCAAGUUGAACCUGAUGACCAGUGAGAACCUGUCUAUCUGUUUCUGGCCAACCCUCAUGAGACCAGACUUCACCACCAUGGACGCUUUGACCGCCACCCGCACCUACCAAACAAUCAUCGAGAGCUUCAUCCACCAGUGCGCGUUCUUCUUCUACAAUCAGCCGCUGGCUGACCGCCUCGCCGGCUCCCCAACCUCCACGCUUUCCGGGGGAGGAGGAACCUCGGCCUACUCCUGCAUGGCCGGAGGCUACUCGACCCCUCCGGCUCCGUCUCCGACUCCCUACGUCCUCCCCGCCACUCCUCCUGUCAUCCCACAUUACGGUCCUCCUCUCCACCACCAUCAGCAUCGGUCCCCUUCCCAUUCCCCGCCUCCCACUCCCCAGUCUCCCAUUCCAGCCCUGCUGCCGCCCUCUCUCCACCCCCACCACCCUCCGACUGAACAACACACGCUGUGAACCAGGGAUCAAGAGAACGAGGACAAAAAAAGCAAAGUAAAAAACUGGACUAUGUGACUUGUGGGUUCAGGAUGAGACUUUUUGAAGGAAUAGAUAAAAGAGGAAGUGGAGAUAGGAAGGGAAUUUGGGAGAGAUGCAGUAUGUACAGGGAGAAAAUUACAUGUUUGGGAGAAAACAUCUGAGCCUCUGCUGCUUUCAUCAGAAAAUAAAUAAAUAACAGAGAAGAGCUCAGGACAGGAAUGUGGAAUGAAGAGCUUCUGGACCAGAUCAGUCUCCUUUAGCCCAUCGUCUCUGUCUCACUCUACCCUCACGGCCUUACCCACACAGGGGGAGACACAUAGCUGGUAGAAGGGACUCGGGGAGGGAUUAAGAAGUGAAACAGGAGUAUAUGAACUCCCUCACGUUGGGAUAAUUUCACAAACAGUAGCCAGUGGAUCACUUCUUUUUUUUCUCUUCCUUUUAGUUUCUGACCAUGUUGGGAAGUUUGGUGGCCAGUGCACAGUUCUUAGGCCCCGCCCACCUGCUGGACCGACCCAGAGGCUGCGGCGGGGACAAAGUCCUCCACACAUGUUUGUUUAUUUCACCACUGGACAGUGUGGACUUGUGCAACAAACACGUGUUACUACUCACCCAACCGACAGGAUGUUCUGUCCCGGGCGACUUGCAAAUUCCUCUCCGGCAACCUCUUACAUAGCCACACACACACACACACACACACAAUCAGUUUUAGUCGUGGCAGUAAGCCAAGCACAAAGAUUGGGAAAAAAAAUCUCACCAAACUGGAUCUGCUGGGCAGCAAAGAGGAGCAAAGGAUUAUGGGUGCUGCGACUGUUCUGCAUUCUGGGAAGGCUCCUUUUAGUCUCCUGAACUUUACCCUCAUUCUUCAGGCUUUUCUAACAAAAUUCAGCCUAAAAUGUGAUUAUUUUUUGAUUGGUCUGAUUCUCCACAUUCUUUCUGUUCACUUUAAAAGCAUUUUGUAUUUUUCUAAGAUGUCCCCAAGUCCACCGGGAUCCGUGUCUUUCUGUUUGACCCGACUUCCCGGUGUCUGACAGGCAGAGGGAUUGGACCCUGUUUGGUUCACACUGUGGUGGCUUGGUCUGUUUAGAGUGAGACGGUGCUGCAGGUUUUCAUAUUAAGGACCUUGUUGAAAAAGCACUUUUCUGAGCACUUUGAAGACAAAUUUUCAGUUGAAGCUGCCAUAAAGUGACAGCCACUUUUGCUGUCAGGCUGCCCUCCCUUUCGCUCUCUCUGGGAGCGCAACACUGACAUCUAGUGGAGGGAGGAGGUUUUACAUCACAGCUGCAUGGGCGUAGCACCCUUCUCCUGCUGAGGUGUUUUUUUAAAGCAUCAGAUUAUUUUAUUGUCAGGAUUAUUUUCUAAUUAUUUUGCUAAAGCAAGAGAAGUUUAAUUGUAAGGGCCCAGAUUUUUGACAGAUGGGAGAUGUUUUACCUUACGGGCUUCAGAAUCUGUCCUGGUGUUAGUCUUUUUUCUUUCUUUUUUUUUUCUCGUAAAGGAGUCUUAACCUUUCACAUCAGAAUCCACAUGGCUGUUCUACCACUUUGUCCCCAAGUCCCUUCUUGUCCAAGAGAGACCAUUUUCAUUCUGAGAGACAGCAGAGAAGAACAGAUCGUCCAUUCAUCCAUCCGGCUGCCUCCUGCAUUACCGGAGGAGAGCAUCACCAAAAUUCCUCAGCCGAGCCUGCCGUUGCCGUAGAAACCAGCAGAGAUGCGGCUGGUGAAGAGCUCUGGAUCGAAGCGAGUUGGUGUGGUGCUGCACAUGUUUGUGGCUGAAAGAGCUGAGCAGAGAUCUCAGCUUUCUGCUCUCCAAAUGUCCAGUUAAAAAACACAAGUUCUAACCAAUCGCUGAGGGAGAUUUCAUCCAUCAGAGCUGGUCAUUUACCUUGUGUGUGUGUGUGUGUGUGUUUAUUUUAGGCCAACAGGUUAGCAGGACGCCAGUGUGAUCCAAACAGAUGUAAGAGGGAGGAAUGCUGGUCUCCUCUUGGUCAUUUCCCCUGCUGUUGGCUCAUCCGGAUUACACACACUGAUCCUCAAAGAAAGUGUGGGAGAGACGGGGAUGGGGGGGG